AUGGAAAACCUGGAAUCAAGGCUCAAGAACGCCCCCUAUUUUCGUUGUGAGAGGGGAAGUGAUUUUGUCCCCAUGUGCCAGAAGUGUGAAACGUGUAUCUUGGCUUGGAAAAUCCUCUCUACCAAAGAGUGGUUCCAAAGGGUCGGCGAGAUAUCCCAGCGGAGGUUUCUAGUUAGCACCCUCGAUCAGUUGGAUAGCUUAUAUUUGUUACACUAUUUUCAAAAUAUCCUUCAGGCCACACAGGGGAAGGAUUUCAUCUAUAACAGGUGCCGGAUCAACCUCAGCAAGGAGGAGGGAAAAAUCGUGAAGUCCUCCUUGAAACAAAUGUUGGAUAGCACAGCAGAACAGAAGAUGAGGGAGAUUUUGUACUGGUUUAGGAACAGCACCCACCGGACUAAGGCAAAUUACACACUUUUGCUGCUUCAGAUGUGUAACCCCAAGUUACUGUUCACCGCAGCUGAUGUCCUCAGGGCCCUGGUUCUGAGAAAGCAGAGCAACAUCUCAGGGCUCAAUCAAGACUCCAACAAUGUAUUUUUGUUCCCUGAGAAAGACUCCAACCCCCGAUCUAAGACCUCGCGUGUCUACCGGGGAAUCAGAGUCAGGCACAUAUCCUUCCCUUUGUCCAAAGCUUCAGGAAAAGAAAACUUGCCUGAAAAUAUGGUGCGGGACACAUCUAAUACUGAAGGAGAAUGGAAGAGUUCGCUCCAGUGUAUUUCCGAGAUGAAUAGGCUGUUUUCUAGAAAAGCAGACAUGCCCAAAGCAGGGUGCACCCCCUCCGAUCUGUUGGUCGACCUGGAUGCUGUCAGAUGCCUGUCUUCUGGGGUCAGCAAAUACCGGGACUUCAUCCGUCUCCUGCCCAUCCACCUCUCCAAGUAUACUCUAAGUAUGCUGGGCUGGACUGGGGGAUUUCUUAAGAGACCUCCCGUUGUGGCCCUGUUUGGAGGUUUCCAAGUCCAUCUCCUUUUUUCAGGUAUGCUGGAUAAAAACACCCUGAACAGGUGUGCCUCUGUGAGCCAGCACUGGGCCGCACUGGUACAGCAGGUCAAGAUGGACCUGUCGACGCACACAUUCAUUCAGAACCAGAUUGCCAUCUUGCAGGGGUCCUACACAAGGGGAAUAGAUCCUAAUUAUGCCAACAAGUUUUUUGUCCCGGUUCCUAAAGUGGCAGAUGAUGGAAAGCACAUGCGUAUGAAAAAUCAGAAAUGGAAACUGAUAACGAAGAGUGACUACAACCUGUGGGCUGCAUACCAGAACCAGGAGACCCAGCAGGUCCUGAUGGAGGAGAGAAAUGUCUUCUGUGGGACUUACAAUAUCCGCAUUCUCUCUGACACGUGGGACCGAAACAGAGUGAUUCACUAUUCAGGGGGAGAUUUGGUAGCUGUGUCAUCCAAUCGGAAGAUCCGGCUUCUGGACCUCAGACAAAUGAAGGAGAUGCCUGUUGAAUUCCGAGGCCAUGCUGGCAGUGUCCGAGCCCUCUUCUUGUGUGAGGAGGAAAACUUUCUUCUGAGCGGGAGUUAUGACCUGAGCAUCAGAUACUGGGAUCUGAAAAGUGGGGCUUGCAUACGAAUCUUCAGUGGCCACCAGGGGACAAUCACUUGCAUGGAUUUACAUAAGAAGAUGCUGGUAUCUGGAGCAAGAGAUUGCCAGGUGAAAGAGUGGGAUGUAGAGACAGGGAAAUGCCUGAAGACAUUUAAACACAAAGACCCCAUCUUGGCCAUCAGGAUCAAUGACACCUACAUCGUGAGCAGCUGUGAGCGAGGGAUAGUCAAAGUGUGGCACAUUGUUACGGCCCAGCUGGUAAAGACUCUCAGUGGCCAUGAGGGAGCCGUGAAGUGUCUGUGCUUUGACCAGUGGCACCUCCUCUCGGGAAGUACUGACGGCCUGGUCAUGGCCUGGAGUAUGGUGGGAAAGUACGAGCGAUGCCUCAUGGCCUUCAAGCAUCCAAAGGAGGUGCUCCACGUGGCCCUUCUCUUCCUCCGGGUCAUCAGUGCCUGUGCAGAUGGCAAGAUCCGCAUUUACAAUUUCCUAAAUGGGACCUGUCUGAAGGUGAUGAAGGCCAAUGGCAGAGGUGAUCCUGUGCUGUCCUUCUUUAUUAAGGGCAACAGGAUGGUGAUCAACAUGGAGAGCAAUGUUCUCCUGUUCCAGUUUGAGAAUAUAAAGUGGCAGUACUCCCUGGAACAGGCCAAACAAAAGAAGACCAAGAAUAAAGAGGAGGACAGGGAAGAACGUGGCCUCACAGGCGUCCUCUCCAGGUCUAACGCUCAGGUUUACGGCUGGAGGGACUCCGUGCCCAGUAAACACAUCGUGGCCCAGGAGUCCCUGAUGAGUAAACCUCACAGGUCCCGCGUUCUCCUGAGGGCAGCCAGGUUCCCUACAGAUGAUGUGGAGGAAGUACAAAAACGAGGACAACUGAAAACUCCUGGAGACUUGAUCAAUUGCCCAAAGAAAAAGUCCUGGCAGAUCCCUAUGUCGCCUGACUUGUUCCUCCUGACCGUUAACGCCCUGCAGCAAGGCCAUAAUUCAGCGGAGUUUGCCUAUCCCCGUAGGCCCCAAACCCCAGUCACUGAUGCCUGGGGACCUUCAAUUUCACACCCAAGGAAGGUCCUGAGUUUCAAAGGAAAAUCAGUCCAACAUGCAGUUGAUCGGUUGAGAUGCAGCAAUCCUCCCAUAGAUGUGAAACGAACUAAUGUUCCCCUUGAAAUCCAGAAACUGCAGCCCAAUUUGAAGAAAUCUUUGCACAGUCCCAGAGUCCAGUCCACCAUACCCCAGCCCACGAUUAUCCGUUCCAGAUUCUCUGGCACCCUGAAGGGUGAAGACCAAGGGACCAGUUCAAUUGAUGGGACAGUGCGCAGCUUUGGCCCCUUAACUAGUAUGCAUGUCAUUAAACCAAACCACAUGCUGGCUUCACCAGUGGGCGUGACAACCCAGCCUGUCAAGAAAGAACGGCUUCGCUUCCACACAACCCUCAAUCCCUUUAAAGUGAACACUGAGUUCAAGUUGUUGACUGCGAGGGAGGAGAAAGAGCACAGGGAAGCCAAGAUGAAGGAGUAUCAGGUCGGAAAGCCCACUGGAGUGGUCAAUCUAGAAAAAGCCAGCAAGGCUGCAUGGAUCAGGAAGAUCAAAGGCCUGCCUAUAGAUAAUUUCAUGAAGCAAGGGAAAAUAGCAGCCCCUGAACUUGGACAAAACAUAUUUAUCUGAACCAGCCUUAGGAAAUUACAAUG